CUUCCGAGUUUAUUCACAUGUAUCUGGAGGUUAGGUUUACAAAAAAAAUCCGCUGCUUCUCUCCCCUAAAUUAUUAGCCGCAGCCCUUCACUGUACAACCUGCGGCUAUGGCCUCUGAAAUUUCUUCAACGCACCACAUAGGCCAGCCCUCAUCUUCCGAUAUUGAAGUCUCACCCGUCUCUACUGCAGCUGUCACGGCCAGGUUCUCCACCGGUGCCAUCUCCUCCAUGAUGAUGCAGCCGGCUUCCUCCUCUGUAGUGCACUCAACUGCAGAGCCAUUCUCAUCCUCUUGGACUGUGCCGAGCACCUACAGUCUCUUUAACAAUCUGCCGCCUCAAGUUCCAUGGCAGUCCGCUCCGGUUCAGACUCCUCCAAGUUUAUGGCAGCAAGUUCUGCCUCAAUCCUCUCCGGUGCAAGUUCAAUCUUCUCAAGCUCCAUGGCCAGUUGUUCCUCCGACAAUACCAUGUCCGCCGCCGCCAGUCAGCACCCAGUUCUUCGACCCCUCCUUUUUUGAAAAAUGCAGUUAACUUCAACGAAUUAUUUGAGCUGAAAUUUGAAGCCCCAGGUUGUUCAUUGGAAGAAGCCAGAGCCUCCGGUGGUUAAGCUCAAUUGGGCGAUAUUUCGGCAGACUGGGAGAUCAGCGGCCGGGUUCUUACUACGGGACCAUGCGGGAGCUAUGGUUGCAGCAGAUGGAUUCCCUUUGAGUGGUUCUUCAGGGCGACACGAAGCGGGUGGUAGCGAUAUGACCGAGAUGGAGUUGGAAGGUUUCAGACAGAUUUUGGAUAGAGUAAAGUCUCUUAAUUAUCCUCAGGUAAGUGUUGAUGUCGGUGAAGAGCAGUUAAUAGAUCGAUGUGCUUCUUGCGCGGCCCAGUUUCAUUUCGUGACCCAGGUUUGUUUUUUUCCAACCCAGGCAAAUGCGGCUGCAAGUGUCGUUGCUAAAUUGGGCUGGACGGAGGAGUUCACUUGGCGGGUCAGAGAUCCGAUGCCUAGAAAGCUUAGUGGUGCAAUCAGUUUGGAUGCUAAGUCUGUCCCUCAUAUUGUUAUUUAAUCUUCUUUUUGAUGAGAUUCUUUUUUAGCAGAGAGAUUUCGGUUUGGCCCCCCUCUCAUAUAUAUAUAUAUAUAUAUCGCGCGCGGAGGGGGGGGGGGGGGGCAUGGCCCCUCAGGCCUCUAUUACGACUCCCCUUGGCACCAGGUCCUGAACAUCCUAACGCAAAAACUAUUUGAGAUAUUUACUCCUCCACUAUUUAAUUGGUCAGGGUGUGAGGCGUGUGAAGUAGGUCAUUCCACUUUUCAGUUGUAGUUUAAUAAUUACUACCUCCGUUCCGUCGGAAGGUUCCCAUAGCAAAACGACACGGUUAUUUAGGUAAUAAUAAUUAAAUAAAGUACUUCGGGCAUAUUUUGAGAAAUAAUUUUAAUAGGUAUAUAUUAUAAUGUAGUUAGUAUUGAUAAUUGUGAUGUUAUAAUAUAUUAUUUUAAUAUUUAAUGAUUAAUUAGUCACUUAUGAUUGUUAGUUGUUUCCUAAAAUGGAAAUGUGAACCUUUAUAUGAGACGUCCAAAAAAGGAAACUGAGAACCUUGUGAUGGAAUGGAGGGAAUAGUUAAUUAAUUUAUGAGAUGUACAUUUCAACAAUUGUCCGACCUUGCAUGCACUAAAGAUCUCAUGGUUUUCUUUCUUGAUUAUUUAUAAAGUUACAUGGAUGAAUUACGAAUUUUGACUUGGACUGAGAUUUUCUGGUCUAAUCUAGUGUGAGCUGGUGUGGUCUAGUAAAUGUCUGAUCUAUGUGUAUUUUACAAUUGUCGAAGUCUAGUCUGGUCUGGUCUGAACUUAUCUGGUCUAAAUUAGUCUGCUAUGGUUUGAUCUAGUUUGGUGCUUUGGUCUGGUGCUCUGUUCUAGUCUGAAACUGAAACAAGUUCAAGUAAACAUAUUCAUAGGAUGAUUACUUUUGAAUUAAAAUUUGUUGGUCUAGUCUGGUCUGAUCUGGUCUGUUUAAGCUUGGUCUGGUCUAGUCUGAGGCUCUGAGCUGGUCUGGUCAUGUCUGGUAAAUGUCGGUUCUUUGUGUAUUUUACAAAUGUCCAAGUCUAAUUUGUUCUGUUCUGUUUGAGUCUGAUUUGGUCUGCUCAGAUCUGUUCUAGUCAUUGUUCUUUAAUACGUACCUACACAUUAGUUAGGUAGCCCAAAUGUGGAUCAUUAAGGAUGUUUUUAAUUGAAUUUAAAAUUUCUGAUCGGUCUGUUUAAGUCUAGCCUAGUCUGCUCCGAUAAAUAUCCAAUCUCUAUAUAUGUUAUAAAUGUUGAAGUGUGGUAUGAUCUGUUUAAAUAUGAUAUGAUCUAGUCUGAUCUGUUUAAUUCUGAUCUAUUAUAAUCUGGUCAAAUCUGGUCUUGUUUCGGACUAAAUAUAGUCAAAAUAAAUACAAAUUUUUCAGACACUGUAUAUUGAAUACACACAUAACAUGGUGGAAUUUGAAAUUUUAAAUUCGAUAUUCCGACCACGCACAAAGCCACAAAUAUGGCAUUAUAUUCAUGAUAUGAUGUCAUUGAAAUGAAAUGCCACAUUUGUUCAAAUUCGAUAUCGUUGUCUUGAUCCAAAAAGUGGUAGAGUUUAUGUUAGUCGCCAUGUCGAGUUUCAUGAAAAUAUAUUUCCAUAUUCUCAAUUAGUGUCUCAUAAUGUUUUUGACCAGUCCAGUUUGCAACCUUGUCCAUUGUCCUUCACCAUGUCCUCACUGCCACCUUCUAGCCCUACGGUCAACAAGUAUCUCCCGUGCGGUUUUCUAUGGGCAUCACGUCUGCUUCUUCAUCACCGACAGACAGCUCCCUGGGCAGCUCAAUGCAGGCCAAAGAUGAACUGUCAGCUCAACCAGCUUCUUCGAUGUCGGGUUCUAGUCCGAUUUCACCAACUGGGACUGUUCCGAUAUCACAUGGUUCGCCAGUGGUCCCUGAGUCGGCUGAGUGUUCGUCCUCUGUGAGUGAUGCCGUUAGUGACAGUCCGCCAUCCCCUAGUCCUUUAGUACAUAACAUUCAUCCCAUGCAACCUCCCUUCAAGUCAGGAAUUUUUAAACCAAAAAUGAUUUUUAAUUUGAAUACUAUGGUUUUGGUUCCUGAUCCUACUUGUUUUUCUAUGGCCAAUAAAGAUUUUAAAUGGAGAGCUGCAAUGGCUGAGGAAUUUAAUGCGUUUAUUGCUAAUAAAACAUGGGAGUUAGUGUCGUUUGACUCUAGCAAAAAUGUGGUUGGGUCUAAAUGGAUUUAUAAAACUAAAUAUAUGUCUGAUGGUUUUAUUGAACGCCAUAAAGCAUGUAUGGUUUCCCAAGGGUUAAAACAUAACAUUAAACAACAAGCUAUGGUUGAUUUUUCUGAAACCUUUAGUCCCGUUGUUAUACCCACAACUGUUCGGAUUGUGCGUCAGUUGGAUGUCAAAAAAAAACCUUAGUUGUUUCAUAUAAUUGGAUUACACGUCAGUUGGAUGUCAAAAAUGCUUUUCUUUAGAGGAAGUUUAUAUGUGUCAACCAUUCAGGUUUGUUUAUUCACAAUUUCCUAAUCACAUUUGUCGCUUGCGCAAGGCCAUCUAUGGUCUCAACAGGCUCCCCACUCUUGGUUUUAUCGUUUCAGCAGUUUUCUUUUAACCCAUGGUUUGUAUGUAGUCGUGUUGAUAACUCUGUUUAUUUUCAUUUAGACUAUUCGCAUAAUUUAUUUGCUCUUAUAUGUGGAUGAUAUCAUUGUCACUGAAAUUCCUCUUCUCUUAUUAGUCAUUUUGUUUUUCUAUUUGGGAAAUAUUUUGUCAUGAAAGAGUAAGGGGAUCUUCAUUUUUUCUUGGGAGUUUGAUCGGACUGUGAGAAAUUCAUCCGGUUUAUUUUUAUCUCAAGCCAAAUAUGUGUCAGACCUACUCACCCGUUUUCAUCUUCAUACUCUUAAGUCUGUUUGCAUGCCUCUCCCUAGUAGAACCGAACUUUGUUUCACUGAUGGUGAAUUACUUAUUAAUCCUACAUAGUAUCGUAGCAUGGUAGGUGCAUUGUAGUAUUUAACUAUGACUAGACCAGAUAUUACAUAUGUUGUUCACUUGGUGUCUCAAUUUAUGCAUGCUCCACGUACUUCACAUUUGUUGGCUACUAAGAGAAAUUAUUUUCAGGUACCUCCAGGGGACUAUCACACAUGGGUUACACCUACAUCCAUCAACCCAUCCCCAUUCCGUUCUAGCAUAGUCUGAUGCUGAUUGGGCAAGUUGUCCUGAUAGUAGCCGAUCCACACCUGGCUAUGCUGUUGUUUGGGUCCUAAUCUCAUAUCCUGGCGAUCCAAGAAGCAACCCAUUGUUUCCAGACCAUCUACAGAAGCUGAGUAUAGAGCCAUUGCAUACACGGUUCAAGAUACUUUACACAUACGGUCCAUUUUGUUUGAGUUUGACUUUCCUAUUCAUCGACAUGUGUGUCUACUGUGUGAUAUGAUAAUGUACCCGCCUCACAUUUGACUGCUAAUCUCAUUCAACAUGCUCGUGGUAAGCACAUUGAUAUUGAUUAUCACUUUGUUCGGGAACAUGUGGCUCAUGGAGAUCUUCCGAUACAAUAUGUUCCAAGAAAGUUUCAGUUGGCUGAUAUUUUUACCAAAAGUUUUGCUCCUCAACAGUUUUUAUUUUUGAGUCAAUCUACGUGUAGUUCCUCCUGCAUAGAUUGAGAGAGGGCCGAUGUAAUAGUGCAGAAUUAAUGAUUAGUCAGUAUCCUAAUUCUAUUUGGAACUUAUUUCAUUAUAAAUGAUGGGAUAUUAGGGUUCGGCCCAAUAUACCGGCCCAAAAUAUCCCCAGGGCCCAGGGAACGGGAAAGGCCCAAGGAGAAACGGAUGGCCCCAAAUGGGAAUUCGGUGGCUUAAGAGAUACUUCCGUUCAGCACAUCCUGAACGGAAUGUAAUUAACACUUGGACAAUUAGUGUUCUUCUGGAUCAUUAGCUUAGCGGAUCUUAAUACCGAUCGGAGAUUUGCUCAAGUGGCAGGCUGCAUUUAAUUCUGGAGUAUAGAAGUCUCAAGUGGGAGCAUGGGUGCACAAGUGGCUUGGAAAGCAGCCAAUCAUGAUAGAUCACCCCAUACCCCCACCUACCCCAGUUAGUAUAAUUAGCAGCAUUUAUUUCAUUGUAAAGGGUUAGCAUUUGUUUACUCACUAGAUUAUAUUGCAUUCUAGCUCUUGUAUUAGCAUUUGGACCGUAAUUGCUGUUUUCGUGUAAUUGUUAUUACUGCGUUAAUA